CGAUAAAAUGAGGUACGCACUUUUGUUCCUCGUCGUUGGCGCCGUCGUCUUCGCAGCUGAAGAAGGGCUUCAGAAUGUCUACCAGAACAAUCCGUUUCUGAAUGGCAAUUAUCAACCUGUACCGCCGAAAUACGUUCCCACUUACCCACCGAAAGUCACGACCGCACCUAAUCUUGAGGAUUUGAGCAAGUACUGCUUGAAGCCGCGCGGACAAUUCCCGAGCAGAUGGUGCAACAAGUUCGUCAACUGCUGGGAGGGUAACGCCGUGGAGCAGUUCUGUCCACCGACGUUGGCCUUCGGUCCUCUGGGUUACUGCGAUUACGCCUACAACGUUGACUGUCGCGGCAAACCUACAGCACCUUUUCCAGAGCAACCACCGACAUCUGGAAUUUGGCCGACCGAUGGAAGUUACGUACCACCCUCUACGAAUCAUCCACCAAUCACUAUUCCCACUGUUAAACCUCCGGUCACCAAACCUACGCUCCCACCAUUAACAGGAACCUACCGCCCGUGGGAAUCAACCACUCCGGUUACGCUGCCCACAGUACCAACUCAUAAUCCUUACUUGAAGAAGUACUGCUUGAAACCGCGCGGACAAUUCCCGGGCACCAGCUGCGACAAGUACGUGAAUUGCUGGGACGAUUUCGUGAUCGAACAGGAAUGCCCGAACGGCUUGCACUUCAACGCGUACAGAAGCUAUUGCGAUUAUCCUCUGAGCGCUAAAUGCGGAGCAAAAAUCGAUCCGAAGAUCGCGAUCGAAGAAGUAUGCCCGAAGGAGAAUGGUAGCUUCAGGAACAGGACGAAUUGCGCCAACUACUACGUGUGCGAGAACAACGAAGUCAUCGGAGAGUUCCAGUGCCCAUCCGGCUUCCUCUUCGACGACGGUCUCGGCAUUUGCGAUUCCGCCGAUAAAGUGAACUGCGCGCAUUCCUACUCCACGGGCUUCAAUUUGAGGAGCGCUAACGUAGAUCUCUGCCAAUACUUCCCUGAGAGGACGGUCUUCCGCCUGAGCGAGGACUGCACCAACGUCAUAGUCUGCAGGCAGAAAGGAACGGAGUUCGUGAGAUGUCCCAUGGGAUUAACGUACGACUCUGUUGCAGAUAAAUGUCUUCCUCCAAACCCAGAGAGAUGCUCAACAUAUUACAAGACUGAAACGAAGUACGGGUCUUUCUAG